AGCGACAGUAGAGUUUGCUUGGCCCUGUCACACGUCGCCACCGCUGACCAGACGGCAUGGCCACUGGGUGCUGGUAUUUCUUGGUCAUUCUGACACGAACUGGCUUUGCGGGCACCUGCGAUGGUGACAGUUGCGAUCAAAGCUCUUUUAUUCAAAGAGCAGAUCGCUUGCGACACUUGGUAGCUGAAACAUGCUCUGUUGGCGACCAUGUUCAAUGUCCCGGCUCAGACGGGGUGGGUUGUGCUGGGAACCAAUGUUGUCCUGGCCAGCCUUCCUUUCCAUGUCCAUCUGCUUCGCCAGAGUUUCAUGGCUGUGGAUCACCCGACAAGAAGUCUGAUUGCCUAGCACCUUCAACUUCUCCUUCACCUACACCGCCGCCGACGCCAGCGACGACCACACCACCACCUUCACCAACAACUCUGCCACCGACAACACCAUCUCCACCGCCGACACCUGAAACGUGCUCUGUUGGCGACCAUGUUCAAUGUCCCGGCUCAGACGGGGUGGGUUGUGCUGGGAACCAAUGUUGUCCUGGCCAGCCUUCCUUUCCAUGUCCAUCUGCUUCGCCAGAGUUUCAUGGCUGUGGAUCACCCGACAAGAAGUCUGAUUGCCUAGCACCUUCAACUUCUCCUUCACCUACACCGCCGCCGACGCCAGCGACGACCACACCACCACCUUCACCAACAACUCUGCCACCGACAACACCAUCUCCACCGCCGACACCUGAAACGUGCUCUGUUGGCGACCAUGUUCAAUGUCCCGGCUCAGACGGGGUGGGUUGUGCUGGGAACCAAUGUUGUCCUGGCCAGCCUUCCUUUCCAUGUCCAUCUGCUUCGCCAGAGUUUCAUGGCUGUGGAUCACCCGACAAGAAGUCUGAUUGCCUAGCACCUUCACCUUCUCCUUCACCUACACCGCCGCCGACGCCAGCGACGACCACACCACCACCUUCUCCCACUCCCUCUCCCAGUCCAGAUGAUGGUAUGAUUACGAUGCAUUUCGUCAACCGGGAAUGGGCGGACGGCGUGAUUUUCUGUAUUGGAGAUUCCAGCGAUCUCAGUGGCGUCUACCUGGAUGAGGCUGAAACGAAGACUGUUUCGGGCUCCUCGAUCGACUGCACGAAUCCGGAGUCUGCGCCAGCAAAGACCUGGGGAGCCGGUGUUCAGCAGGCUCCACCAUUGCCACCGAAGACAACCUUGUGCAUGGGUUUGAAGCAAUCUGAGACGAUCGAUUUGUAUCUCCCGGACAGUUCCAACUGGCCUUCAGGGACUUGCUGGUUCCAAGAUGCGGACUCCAACCAGAAGCAAUCGCUGUCAGCGGGACCUCAGUACCAAAGCCAAGUGGAGUUCACCAUCACGAACGUUGUAUCCUGGGACUUAACUUCGGUUGAAGGUGUCUCAGGUGGCAUCACCAUGAACUAUACGGAUGCCGACGAUGACGAAACCGAUGUGGUGGCGAUUCCAGCCAAGUUCGAAGGCGAUCGUCUGAGCAUCACACCGGCCCCUGGUGCUGGAUUCCCCACAGUUCUCGCCGACAAGCAUCGAUAUGGACCAUGCACCUGCACAUCCUAUUCACCAACUGAUCCAAACUGCAACAACGACGCUUGUUUCACUGGUUGUCCUGGAUCUUUGGCUAACAAUCCUUGUGGUCAGCAUCGUUGCCGGCAGUGGUACGCAGAGAGCUACGAGAGUGAUGAAAGCUACUGCGGAUGGUUAAGCUCAAACAAGGCACAGACCUACUGCUGGGCGAUGGAUGAGUGGACAUGUAACGAUCCAUCCUGCGGCUACGGCGCAGCUGACCAGCCCAAUCAAGCCGCUUGGACGGAUCGGCCGAUGUUCGCCAUGUGCCGACGUGCUGUGCUGCCUCACUGUGCGGUAUUUUUCAGUCGGUACAGACUGUGCCGUGCCGCACUGUGCGCCUGAGGACUGUGUGGACGUCCUGGACAACCCCAAUGUCGGAGAGCGAGCAAACGUCUACAGCUGCGGGAAGGAUAAAGACCAACCCUCGAACGUGGAAGGUGUCUUGUGGUGGACCACUGGCGUGGGAUGCAAGGAUAAGGAGGUGAAUGGUGUGCCCACCAACCCUCAGAUUCCUCGCAACGGCGGACAGAUCGACAUCAGCUUUGAGAAUUUGGCAUGGUUACAUGAAGCUUGAAAGGAAAACGCUUAGCAUAGCUGAAGCUUAACAUGGGAUCACUCAGUUUUCUGAUCAUCCCAGCAUUUUUGAGCGUUUCUCCACACAAGAUGGAGCAAACAGCUUUGACAUUUGUCGCCACUGCUUGUGGUGCGCCAAGCUCAGGUGGGCGGGUCGGUUGUGACGGAUGUCUACGGAUGUUUGCUGUCACAAGUCCAACCAGUGACACAGACUGUGAGUUGUUUUGGCAUAAUGUAAGGACAAGCACUGUUGAUGGCUAGAGUUGGGAAGUGGUUCCUCUUGGGAUAUGGUUUCCUUUUAAGUGC